GGAUUAUUAUGUAAUUUCCAUAUGUUUUUCUAUUAGCCCUCUCUGUUCUCGCUCUUCAGCCCCCGCCUCUCUCUCUCGUCUCAACUCAGCUCUCACAUUUUUCCGACGCCGUAUCAGUUGGAGAAUCUGAACCACUUCUUUCUGCCUCAACUAGUGCUCCAAGAUGAGAAUUAAGAAACGAAAGCGUCAGAACAGGGCAGUGAAGUUCUACACUGCUUGCUGUGGUUUCAGAAAGCCCUUCAGAGUAUUCUGCUGUGGCACAUUUGUGCACCACUUGGUUGAUAAUCACAUCACACCUGCUGACCAAGUCAUCUCUGAACUUCUUGGCUCUCCAGUCAAGCUUUUCACUACCAGGUGUAUUAUUGCAGAGUUGAAAAGGCUUGGUCCAUCUUAUACUGACGCUCUUGAAGCAGCUCGUAGCCUCAUAACUGCCAGAUGUCCACAUGAAGAAUUGAAGGGUGGUGAUGCUUGCAUUGCUGAUAUUAUUGGCAAAACUAAUGCUGAGCACUUCUUUCUUGCUACUACGGAUUAUGGUCUGCGAGAGAAGUUCAGGGAGAUACCCAAUACUCCUAUAAUAUAUGCUUCACAAAAUGCUGUAUUGCUUGAAUCGCCAUCUCCUUUUCAACGGUCUUGCAUUAAAAAAAUGGAAGAGGAGCGUUCUCACAUGAGUUCAUUGGAGCAAAAGAUCUUGGCUAAUAAGGGAAUAUCUAAGGAAGAAAAUGAUGAUUCUGAAAAAGAAGGAACAGAAGAUGAGCAAACUGUUAAAAGGAAGAAAGUCAAUAAGGGAUUGGAGAUGAAGGAUAAAGUUCAGUUUAAAAGAAAUAGAGCAAAGGGUCCAAAUCCACUUUCAUGUUUGAAGAAAAAGAAGCCUGAAAAUACAGAUGCUCAACCAAAGAAGGAUGGGAACGGGAAUAGUGAUUCUUCUAAAAAGAGAAAUAGAAAGCGCAAGAGGUCCAAGACAAACCAAACAAAGCAGGCUUCGGAGAACUAGAGAUACCAAAAUCCCCAAGUGUUUCAAAUGAUUCUUUGUUUUUGUAGUUUUAACAGAAAAGUUAGGAUAAAGACACCAUAUAUUGCAUAUGAAUUCCCCUAUUGAGUGCUGACAAAGUGAAGAACAAUUUUACAGACGUUGUCAUAAUUGUUUUGAGUUCCAUUGUGCUUCAUGAAUGCAAUUUUGUUCUCCUAACAGAAGAGAAUUCUGUAUAGAAAUGGGAUAUAUACUCAUUCUUGAAAAUUCCUUGAGAUGAAGUAGAUUAAAAGUGUUUUCAACCAGGAACAAAUCACAAGUAUAUUCUGUUGAGAAUCCUGUAAUCUUAAAUCCACAAGUAGUUUGUUUUUGUAA